UUAAAACAAUGUCGGAAAUGUCUGCGAUGAAGAGGAGGGUGAUGAAGAGCCUCGCUGAGACGAUCACAAAACAAGUGGAGCACUUUAAUCAGGCGGAGGUGGAGUGUCUUAUCGUGGAGUUUAACGCGCUCCUCGGUGAGCCGACUGUUCCCGGAAGAGCAGCGACCGGCCUGGAGAGAGGGAAAUUCAGGAGCAUACUGCACAACAUCUUUGGGAUUACCGACGAUACGAUGGUGGACAGAGUCUUCAGGACAUUUGACAAAGACAACGACGGCUUCGUCAGUACAAAAGAAUGGAUUGAGGGACUGUCUGUUUUUCUUCGAGGGACCUUGGAUGAGAGAAUAAAAUACUGCUUUCAUGUGUAUGACUUCAAUGGCGAUAAUUACGUCUCCAGAGAGGAGAUGUUUCACAUGCUGAAGGACAGCCUUCUCAGGCUGUCCACCGAGGAAGACCCUGACGAAGGAAUCAAAGACCUGGUGGAGAUCACACUCAAGAAGAUGGACCAUGACCAUGAUGGCAGACUGUCUUUCACUGACUUUGAACAGUCAGUGAGAGAGGAGAAUCUAUUACUUGAGGCUUUUGGAACUUGCCUUCCUGACCCGAUGAGAAUUGAAACAUUUGAGCAGCAUGUAUUUCAAGAACUGAAAUAAUGAAGAAAUCACAUCCAUGUGCCGUUUCAGAAAUA